AUUUAAUCACUAUCUCAUUUAAAGUAUUCUGUAUUUUACGUGUGUGUGCAGUCUGUUUUUCUCCUCUGUGGUUUGUGGAUGUUUCUGGUCCAGUGAGAAGAAUGGAGCACAGAUUCCAUGUGGACUUGGACGAGACGUGUCCAGUAUGUGGAGACAGAGUCUCUGGAUAUCACUACGGGGUUCUCACCUGUGAAAGCUGCAAGGGAUUUUUCAAAAGAAUGGUUCAGAACAACAAAACUUACACCUGUAAUGAAAGUCAGCGGUGCAGGAUUGAUAAAACUCAGAGGAAACGUUGUCCUUUCUGCAGGUUUCAGAAGUGUCUUCAUGUUGGCAUGAAACUGGAAGCUGUUCGAGCCAAUCGUAUGAGAGGCGGCAGAAACAAGUUUGGACCCAUGUACAGGCGUGACCGGGCCCUCAAGCAGCAGAAACAGGCUUUGAUGCAAGCAGGAAGAUUCAGAUUGGGAAGCAGUCCUGCUCUGAACUCAACUCAACAGGACUUUACUUUGAUUGAAAACAUCCACUCUGUUACCAUUUUCCACAGCCUGCCACUAAAUCGAGACCAACCUUCAUCAGUGUCUUUGUCCCUGUUAUCUGGCUCACCUGGUCUCAACCAGCACCAGUAUACCUCUCCCUCCAACUGGACUAUUAAGUCAGAGCACAGCAACAGCUCUGCAGAUUCAUCAGGCUUUCCUGCAGGAUUUCUCAUCAGUCCUCGUGACUCAUACGCAAGACGUGUCAUCGGUCCAGAUCCCAGGAUGCCCCAGCUCAUCAUGGAGUUCCUGCGGUGUGAUCCAGAUGAGCUGCAGCUGCAGAAGAAAAUCACAGCUCUCCUCCAACAGGAGCAAACCAGCUGUCAAAACCCCCCAAACAGCUUCAGCCCAGUGUAUGUGUUGGCUGAUCAGCUGCUGUGCUCCAUUGUGGAGUGGGCUCGCUCGUCCAUCUUCUUCAAGCAACUUAAGGUCAGUGACCAAAUGAAGCUGCUGCACUACUGCUGGAGUGAACUUUUAGUUCUGGAUAUUGUCUCUAGACAAGUUCUUUAUGGUAAAGAGGACAGUCUGCUCCUGGUCACUGGGCAUCAGGUGGAACUGUCAAAGAUAGCCUCCCAUGCUGACCCUGCUUUACUUCGACUGACCCAAAGAGGGAAGGAGUUUGUGGAGAAACUUCAGAUCCUGAUGGUAGAUCGUCAGGAGUUCGCCUGCAUUAAGUUCCUGAUCCUGUUUAAUCCAGAUUUUAAGGACCUUGAAGACUACAAGUUUGUAGAGUGUGUGCAGGAGCAGGUCGAAGGUGCCCUGCUGGAAUACACCCUGACCACCUCACCCCAGUGCUCCGGACGUUUCACUCAUCUGCUGCUGUGUCUGCCUGACCUUCGCUCCCUCAGCUCUCUGGUUGAAGACUACCUGUCCUGCAGACAUCUGAGUGGCGAGGUGCCCUGCAACAACCUGCUCUAUGAGAUGCUCCAAUCAAAGCACGGCUGGGCAUGAAAAGACCUCUGUAUAGGACUUUAUAUAGAAGCUUUAAGCUCUGAAUAAGAUUGAAUACUAUUUAGACUGUCAAUGAGCUUAUUCUGUGCUUUGAGACUGAAAUAUAGCAUGAACAUGUAAAAUUAAAUGUUAGAAAUGCUAAUGUAGCAGAUGGAUGUUUUUUUUUCAGUGAUCAUUGAUUAAUCAGAAAAGCAGCAGACUUGUUUUUAGUGUUGCUAUAAAACAAGUUGAUAACAACACAUAAAGCUAUAAACACUGUCAAUAUGAUCAUAGAUGAAAGAAGUAAUGAGGCACAAACUUAGAGAGGUGUUAAUGAACACUGAUUUACAACUUACUGAGAGCAGUACAAUUCUAUUAUUUCCAAAUUAAAAUUAAAAAAAUUCAAUAAUUGGAAGUGCAAAAAGAAUCGUCAUUAAAAUGAGAGCAGCCAAGUCUUAUUUUGUGCUGUUUCUGCCUCAAAACCCAAAAAUCAACCAAAAGAUAAAUAGAAAAUUAAAAAAAUAUAUCUCAACACAGAAAUAAAAUAACUUUGAGUUUGGAGCUGCUGCUAAAACUCUAUGUUUGAAAUUUUGCUUCUAGACAUGUUCAGUUAAUAUUCCCUGCUUAGAAUAGGAAAAUGUCACUUCCUGUGGUAAACUAAU